UAUGUAGAGAGUAAGUUUUAUGUUAUGUAAUUGUGUGUGUGAUUCCGAGUUUCAUUUUUAGUUGCAUGACCUGACAUAAAAGUGUAAUCCAUACAAGCAGUUUUGAUUUUAUACCAUACAGAGACCAUUCAAAAGUAUCUAAGUGGCCCUUAUAUUGAAAGGUAUACCCAUAAAUUGUUAUUUGUUAUUGACGCAAGUUGUUGAGAAAGCAAGACUGAUGACUGCAGGAUGUGUGAGUGCAGAGAAUACCAUCAAGAGGCUGCUGAAGAAUUUCACACAAACUGAGUCAGCAAAUUUACCUGUUGAAACUCCACUUGAUCAGGUCCAAAAUGAUACAAAUGUUAUUGCACAGCAGCAGCAGCAGCAGCAGCCUACUCUGAGUUGGAGUAAACCUUUCAUGAAAUUUGGCAAAACUAUAGGAAAACUGAAAGAUGUAUCUAGUAAAAAGAGAAGUAAUGAACGUGUAUCUGAACCAAGACCAAAAGUGAGAAGAUUUGAAAAUGAAAGAUGUGAUAACGUGAAUUUGGAAUGCGGUAUUGAUGAUUCUAAUGGUAUUGGUUCCACAUUGCCAUCUGUGCCAUUAGAUGAUGAUGAUGAUGAUGAUGAAAGGACACAGACCCCUGAACAGGUUUCCCAAUUUGGUCCAUCAACUGAAGCUUUGUCACAAUAUAAUGUAGCAGCAUCCAGUCAGAUUUGUGUAACUGGGAAUGUAUGUAUAACGGCUUCAGAACAGCAGCAUUUUACAGCAUCAUCAGUUGGCCAGCAUGUAGUGAAUAUUCGUACAAGUUCAGGAGGAACUUUUCCUAGUGUAGGACCCCAGAUAGAAUCUGCUGUUUCAUUGUCAGAUGUGGCAGUGACAUUGAAUGGGCUGGCUAAUCAGUUGCAAGAUCAAACAUCACUCUUACAAUUACCUGUUGAAGCCAGAAAAAUAGCAUGUGUGGCUCCAACACCGUCAGCUAAAAGUUCUAAUGCCAUUCAAAACAGUUCUUCUGUUGGUGUUAAUCAGCAGGUAGUGGAUUUGGGGAGUCAGCAUCUGUCCUCAAGUGUUCAAGCCGAGGGUGUCUCUUCAGAAGAUAAUGGAACAGCUGCUACCAGUGCAGUUAAUGGCGCCAUGACAGGAGCCACAGUUACAAGAAUUCCCCCUGCAGGUAGUUCAGUCAGUUUGGGAUCUCCUACUGCUGAUGAUGUCACCGAAGAAAAUACGAGACAUUGUCAGUACUGCGACAAAUCGUUUCCACAAAACAUAAUUGUUCAUCACAGGAAACUUCACUUCAGUCAGAGUUUCUUCAGCAGAGUUUCUUCAGUUGCUUAA